UACUUAAUUUUCUAAACGAAUUUUCUGGGUUCCCCUUUCUUCUUCUUCUUCUUCUUUUGUAUCCAAAAAGAUGAAAUCUUGACCUUAUUUCUACUUUCUUGAUUUUUCUUUGUUACAGUGUAGUACCCUUCUUUGCUUCCAUUGCUGCUGAUGAUGAAGAUGAUUAGAUGAAGAAAAACCCAGUUCAACAAGUGAAGUCAAAUUGACGUUGGUGGAUCUGAUCUGCCUGUUCUUUUCUAAGUAUGUUGAAAUUCCUUCUUUGUUUUAGUUGCAUUUGAGUGUUGGAUUGAAGAAUUUGAUCAAUUGGAGAAGAAAGAGAGAUGAUAGGGUGUGUUCUUAUAAAGGGUUUGGAGUAUAAAUUCUACCAUUUUUUACUGUUUAGAUAGAGCUUUUAAAGGAGGAGGUGUGUUAGAUGCUGUUUAGCUGUGACUAUUCGAGUUUGGGUUUGGAUUUGGAUUUGGAUUUGGAUUCAUAGAUUUCAGAAAGAGGAAAUUAGAGUCAACAAUGGCAGAUGAUGUGAGUUCUGUUUCUGAUCUUGAUUCGGAGAAAGAAACUGUUAGCUUAGAUAUGAUAACGAAUCAGAAGAAUUGUAAACGAGAGAAAGAAGAAGAUGAUGAAGAAGAAGACAAUCUUUCGGUGGAAGGUGAUCAGAUUCUUGACAGUUCGUGUUCUCUUUCGGUUGUGAGUGAUACUAGCAGCCUUUGUGGCGACGAUUUCUUAUCUUUCGACGUAGGGGAGGCGACGAAUUCAAUAGAAUUCGAGAAAACUGUGGUGAAGCCAAGAAGUGAUGAGAAUGUUGAUUCAGUGAGAUCAAACGAAACAGUUAUUGUAUCGGGUAAAAGUGUUUUCGAAGUUGAUUACAUUCCCCUUUGGGGAUUUACUUCGAUAUGUGGAAGGCGGCCUGAGAUGGAGGAUGCGUUUGCUACUUUGCCGUGUUUUCUAAAGAUUCCGAUUGAAAUGCUUACUUGCGACAGUAAUAUCGUCGCGAACAAUUGUUUGAGUCAUUUAACCGGUCAUCUAUUUGGCGUUUACGAUGGCCACGGCGGUUUUCAAGUUGCAAACUAUUGCCGGGAACGUCUUCAUAAUGUGUUGGCGGAGGAGUUGGAAAACGCUGUUUCGGGAUCAGGAAAUGCAAAUUGUCAAGAGAAAUGGAGAAAAGCGUUUAGAGAUUGUUUCGUUAAGGUUGAUUCCGAGGUUGGAGGUGGCGACGGUGGUGAGCCGCUUGCUUCUGAAACCGUUGGCACUACGGCAGUUGUGGCUGUUGUUUGUUCGUCCCAUAUUAUAGUGGCGAAUUGUGGUGAUUCGAGGGCUGUUCUUUGUCGGGGAAAAGAACCUAUGGCUUUGUCCGACGAUCAUAAACCGAAUCGUGAAGAUGAAUAUGCGAGGAUUGAAGCCGCGGGUGGGAAGGUCAUACAAUGGAAUGGGCACAGAGUUUUCGGAGUUCUCGCAAUGUCAAGAUCUAUCGGUGAUAGAUACUUGAAACCUUGGAUAAUUCCCGACCCUGAAGUGAUGUUUAUUCCUCGAACGAAAGACGACGACUGUCUCAUACUCGCUAGCGAUGGUCUAUGGGACGUGAUGACAAACGAGGAAGUGGUUGAUCUCGCUAGAAAAAGAAUUAUCGUGUGGCACAAAAAGAAUGGAACUACGCUCCCUUCUGAAAGAGGAGAAGGAAUCGAUCCCGCUUCACAAGCAGCAGCCGAGUAUCUAUGUAACCGCGCCCUUCAAAAGGGUAGUAAAGACAAUAUCACAGUUAUUGUAGUCGACCUGAAAUCCCAAAGAAAAUUCAAGAGCAAAACAUAACAGGAGGAGGGAUUUCGCGAAAUGGGUUGGUUUCUUUUCCUUGGAAAAAUGAACAUCUUAUGAAUUUUCGGUUAAAUACAGUUGUAGCUAUUGUGGCUGUGAAUAUUAGCUGCAUUAAAAGUAGUAAAAUUUGACAACUUUUAUAGAUUGUAUUUGUUGAUCUUGCCUCCUCCGAGUUAAGAGCUCUGCGAGGUUUGCGAUUUCGCAUUUGGUGCUUUUUUACCUUU